AUGGCGUCUCUCCAGGCGCUGGAGGAACCACCUGGGGACGCAGACACUGCCUCGCUCCAAGACUCCAGCUGGACCUCAUCUUCAUCAUCUUCAUCCUCAUCUCCCUCCUCCUCGUGCUCCUCCUCGUGCUCCCCCUCGUGCUCCUCCUCGUCCUCGUGCUCCUCCUCGUGCUCCCUCUCGUGCUCCUCCUCGUGCUCCUCCUCGUGCUCCCUCUCGUGCUCCUCCUCGUGCUCCUCCUCGUGCUCCCCCUCGUGCUCCUCCUCGUGCUCCCCCUCGUGCUCCCCCUCGUGCUCCUCCUCGUCCUCGUGCUCCCUCUCGUGCUCCCCCUCGUCCUCGUGCUCCCUCUCGUGCUUCUCCUCGUGCUCCUCCUCGUGCUCCUCCUCGUGCUCCCUCUCGUGCUCCUCCUCGUGCUCCUCCUCGUGCUCCUCCUCGUCCUCGUGCUCCUCCUCGUGCUCCCUCUCGUGCUCCUCCUCGUGCUCCUCCUCGUGCUCCCUCUCGUGCUCCUCCUCGUGCUCCCUCUCGUGCUCCUCCUCGUGCUCCCCCUCGUGCUCCCUCUCGUGCUCCUCCUCGUGCUCCCCCUCGUGCUCCUCCUCGUCCUCGUGCUCCUCCUCGUGCUCCCCCUCGUGCUCCUCCUCGUGCUCCUCCUCGUCCUCGUGCUCCUCCUCGUGCUCCCCCUCGUCCUCGUGCUCCUCCUCGUGCUCCCCCUCGUGCUCCAUCAGUAACAGCUCGUUGUUUCGGGCUCUCCUGCACGGCUGA